CGGCCCGCGGUCCCCCCUCUCCGCCAGCCUCUGGUAGGGCCCGGUGGCGGCGCGCUCGGGCCGGAGCGGCGGGGCUGCGGGGGCUGCGGGGCCGGGGCUGCCGGGGCUGCGAGGGGAUGACGCUCUUCGGCGGCGGGGACGCGGGCUGGAGAUAUUUGGACAUGGCCAGGGAACCCACACCGAGCCGGGCCAGGCUGGGCCAGAAGCGGCAGCACAGCAGCAGCCUGUACCACAGUAACUGUGACCUGGACUAUGAUCUCUACAGGGACGACUUCCCAUACCGGGUGUACGAGUACCAGAAGAUCCCCCCCCUCAUUAACCGCAUCCCGGUCAAGGCCAGACGAACUCAUGUGGAAGGAGGAAGAAAAAGCAGCCUGAGCCCACAGCCUGGGCCGAGGAGCAGCACCAGCUCCACGGCCGGACGGACAAAGUUGCGGGCUGAAGAGCUGCACUCCAUCAAGGGGGAGCUGAGACAGAUCAAGGCGCAGGUGGACAGUCUGCUGGAGAGCCUGGACCACAUGGACCAGCGGAGAGAGCGUCUCACAGGGUCCAAGGAGAGUGAGAAGAAAAGGGCAGAGACAGGGGCAGAGUCCCCAUCCUCAGCAGGAGAGGGGUCACGGGAGCCCCGAGGGAACGAGGAGACAGGAGCUGAUGGGCACAGCGACCUGCGCAACAUCGACAGUGCUGAGGAGAGCACAGACACAGAAGAGACGGUGAAAAACCACAUGUCAGACCCCGAGGGAAGCCAGUAGAUGGACUGGGAUGCCGUGGCCUCUCCCCCUGGCCAGCCCUUCCCUCUCGUGUUCAUAUUUUUUUGAGGCUUCCAGCUAGUGCCACACGUGCCGCGAGAUGCCUGCUCUUGGCACGGCCACCCCUGCCGCCGGCAGCCCCACGUCCCACCCCUGCGAGAUGCCAGCCAGCCGUGGCGAGAGAAGCCUUUGUGUUUGAGUGUGCUUGUUUUCUUUUUCCUCCUGUUUUCAGAGCUAGGGAUAAGCAGAUGUGGCUGGGGGAGGGAGGGGAGGAGCAAAGAUAAAAAGAACUGUAUCCCAGAGGAGCAUCCCAAAUCCUGGUUGCCUUGCGUGCAAGCAGUCCCCCACCCAAAGGGUGCUGUGGGGUGCAGAGAAAGCACCUCAGGGUUCCCAGCCCCUACGCACAGGUUGCAUCCCAGCCUCCCCUGCCCUGCAAGCCCACCGCUGUCUCCACGCUCAAGGAACUGGCUCAGCAAGGUUCAGGAGGUGUGGGUACAGCCCGAUGAGGCUUUUGGAGCCGCUAGGCAUCCCAUCAUGAUGCCAUGGGGAGGGACCACCUUGAGACAGGUUGGCGGGGCUUUUGUAGGAUUUUGGGAAGGAGGGGUGGAACUGAGCCCAGCUCCAACACCAGCUGCAGGGCCAAAAGUGGGGCAGUGCAAACCCAAUUGCUCCCAGCCACCGUUGCUCACAAAUGGGUUUCCUUAGUGGUUUACCUCAGGCUGUUCUUGGCCAUGGAUCACGUUCGCAGUCAGGACUUCCAUGAGCAACUCUGCCAGGGCUCCUGCGCCCAAGGAAAUCGCUGUCCCCCCCGUGCUCCCCAGCACUGCAUCUCGGUUUGGUGUCCCUCAUUUCUAGGUCAUCCUUCUCUCGCUGGUAGGAACUUGUUCUGUAUUUCUAAUUUGCUCUGGUAAAAGAGUGUAUCGUGUUGGAAAGAAAAAUUAUUUGUAUUUCUUUUCUCUGGUUAUUCCACUCUGACGCAGUUUUUAACCA